GCGUACAAUUGCUGAGCCGCCACAGUAGUAGUAUAGUUUAAUAAUUUAAUGUGCUGCUUGGCAUAUCCCACGCAAGUAAAUAAACCAACGAAAGGAUGAAUAAGCGAAUGGAUGAAUAAACUAAUGGAUGAAUAAACUAAUGAAUGAAAAAACGAAUUAAUAAUUCAGUACAUUACCUAAUCCUCAUCUUCACCUUUCUCUGAUCAUAUAGCAAAGUUUUAAUUAAAAAAAAACCUAGCAAAGCGAAAAAAAACUAAAAAAAAAAAAAAAAACGAACUAAUAAAUUAAACAAAUCGUUAAAAAUUACAUAUUUAUUUAUGUACCAUUUUUAUUAUCACUAUAAAAAAGUGCAGAAGGAAAGAAAAAAAAAAACUAAAAUCAUCACAAAAAAAAGGAUUUGCUUUCUUCAAGGGGGGUUUAUACCCGUUCAACUAAAAAAAAUUAUUUUUUAAAACCUUCGCUUUAGUUUUUUUAGAGGCUUUUUUACUUUAACACAAUUGUUACCUGAUAAGUUAUAAUGCUAUUACUAUCUUAUUAAAUAAAUGCUAAGAAAAAAAAAAACACAAUAAGAAACACAAAGAAAAAAAAAAAAAAAACUUGUAUUGAAAGAACAAAGUUAUAUAUAAACUAAACCAAACGCAAUCCCCCUAAGCGCUUUUUUUUAAUAGCCCGCAUAAUAAGGCCAAACAUAAUAUAAAAACUAAAUCUUUUAUUUAUUACCUCGCUUUUAUUAACGCAUUUUUUAAAAAUGAAAUUCACCAGAGUAUGUUCAGUUUUCGCUUUCCUCCUUGCUGUUAACUUGUUAGCCCCAGAAUGCCACUGUGAUCAUGUAAAUAACAAGCCCCACGUACACAACAAUCACAGCCAUGGUAGUGGCAAUUGCGGUGGCCACCAUGGCAACUCAUCUGCUAAUUCAGGCAAUUCAGGCUGCCCCCAUGCCGCAUCAGGAAACUCUUCAAAUUCUGUAAACGCCCCGGGUGCUGGCGCUUCUCCAUCAUCAGCUAAAUUAUCAGGCCCAGGAACUCCCCCCCCAGCUCCAACCCCUUCUCCAGCAACCCCCUCAUCUAAAGAUGACGCGGGAAAGGCAAUUGACCAAAUUGACCAACAAAUUGAGAAGAAAAAGAAAAACAAAAAAAUAUGCCUAAUAUCAGCAGCAGCCACAGCUUUGACUCUCUUACUAGGAGGAGCAUUAGGCUUUGGAAUUUACAAAAAUAGAAAGGCACCACAGGUAAACGUAGAGAAUGCAAAUGGAGCCCCCGCCACCGAAAGUUCCGAGACUGUCGUACAGGGAAAUUCCGAAACCCCUGCCCCAACCGAUGCUCCCGCCGCCCCAGAGACGACCCCCGAAACCCCAGAAACCCCACAAGAAUCUUAA